AGAAGAUAAGACGCUCCCUGCUGCAAUAAGACGUCAUUGCUCUCUUCACCAAGAAGUAGACUCAACGAUCUCUCUGUUAUAUAGUAAUUGUUUUCUAGGUAGAGGCCAAUGAAGAACAUACAUGAUAGCGAUUUUAAUUGAGUUACAGUCGUAUACGACUUUGGUUUUUAAAAAGUCAAUUUGAUUUGGCGAACGAGACAUGGAGAUGGAUUGUUUUCUUCUGUAAAUUGGUUCUUAAUCACUCCAAGUAAACGUAAUUGAGGAGGAGGAGGAGGAGAGUACCUUGUGAUUGUGAGCCUGGCUAUUCCAAUGGCGGGCACGGAGGAAGGAGGUGCCGGAGAGGCUUCGAGGAUGCCCCACGUCGUCAUGGUGUCCUUUCCGGCGCAGGGCCAUCUCAACCCGCUGCUUCGCUUCGCGAAGCGCGUUGCAGCUGAAGGUGUGCUGGUCACGCUGUGCUCAACUGAUCAUAUCGCACGCCGCAUGUCGGCCGCCGCGUCGACGCCGGUCGCCGCCCUCGCCGACCCCACCCCCGUCGGCCGCGGAUUCAUCCGCUUCGAGUUCUUCGACGACGGCAUCGCCCCCGACGACCCCGCACGCGACAACCUCGACUUGCUCAUGGCGGCCCUCCGCUCCACGGGCCCUCCCGCACUUGCGGCGCUCGUCCGCCGCCAGGAUGUCCCCGUCGCCUGCAUCAUCAACAACCCCUUCAUCCCCUGGGUCCUCGACGUCGCCGCCGAGCUCGGCCUCCCGAGCGGAGUCCUCUGGGUCCAGUCAGCCGCCGUCUUCUCCAUCUACUACCACUACCGCCACGCCCUCGCUGCAUUCCCUUCAGAGGACGAGCCCGACGUCACCGUCCAACUGCCCGGCCUGCCUCCGCUGCGGUCCGAGGACCUCCCCACCUUCCUCCUCCCGACAUCGCCCUAUAAGAUCCUCAAAAAUGUUAUCUUGGAGCAGUUCGGCAAUUUGUCGAGCGCCUCGUGGGUGUUCGCCAACACCUUCGAAGAGCUCGAGCACGAAGUCAUCGAGGCGACCGCCGAUCUCCAAGUCCUCAUCCCCAUCGGGCCGCUGACCGAUCCACCGCUGGAGGAAGGCGGAUCGAAGGGUAUCGGCAGAAGGGAGGUCAGGGCCGACCUGUUUAAGGCCGCGGAGGAGUCCAUCGAGUGGCUGGGGCGGCAUCCGCCGCGCUCGGUGGUGUACGUCUCAGUGGGAAGCGUUGUGGUGCUGAGCGAGGAGGAGAUGGAGGAAAUGGCGUGGGGCCUGAAGCAGAGCGGACGGCCGUUCCUGUGGGUGGUGCGGAGAGACGCGCGGGAGCGGCUGCCAGCGGGGUUCGCAGAGGCGGUGGCGGCGGAGGGGAUAGGGCUGCUGGUGGAAUGGAGCCCGCAGGAGCGCGUGCUAGCGCACGAGGCCGUGGCGUGCUUCUUGACGCACUGCGGGUGGAACUCCACACUGGAGGGGCUAACCGCGGGGGUACCGGUGGUGGCGUACCCGCAAUGGGGCGACCAGGUGCCGGACGCGAAGAUGCUUGUGGAGGCGUGCGGGGUCGGGGUGAGGCUGCCAGCGCCGGCGAGAAGGGCGGAAGUGCAGCGGUGCGUGAAGGCCGUCACCGACGGGGAGACGGCGGAGGCGACGAGGAGGCGCGCGGCGGAGUGGAAGGAAGCGGCGGUGAAGGCGGAGGCGGAGGGCGGCUCGACGGAUCGCCACAUAAAAGCCUUCGUCGAAGAGAUAAGGAAGCUGGCGGCGCCGGCGACGAAUUGAGUGGCUCUAAUUUCUUCAAAUAAAUUUUCGUUUAAUUUGCUAAAACACGCGCGAAAUCAUAAUUAACAAGGGGACAAGACACGUGUCAUGCGUGCGCUUUUAUUA